UUAACCUACUGGCCACGUCAGGUGACAUAACACUGUCAUGGACUUCCCCCAUUUAUCAUCAACUCUACAGCAAAAAUCCUUCCAUCAACCCUCUCGAAAGGCCUAUUACUGAGGACGAAGACGGUUGGUUGGGUUCUUUGCUCACCAUUGGAGCCAUCAUUGGCCCCUUUCCUUACAGUUUAAUUGCUGAGAAGUUUGGAAGGAAGAUAGGCCUCCUGUGCUUAGCAGUUCCGCAUAUUGUUUCUUAUUUUACCAUGGCAUUUGCCAAAUCUAUAUACCUGUUUUAUUUCGGUAGAAUCUUUGGAGGACUGGCACUUGGGGGUGGCUACACUUUGCUGCCCAUGUACAUCACGGAAAUAUCAGAAGAUUAUAACCGGGGGAUGCUGUCGUUGUCCUUAAACGUAUUCUGGGCGUUGGGCAACUUCAUCCCCUACGCUGUCGGACCUUUUGUAUCCAUCAUGUGGUUCAAUAUCAUCUUGGCUUGCCUCCCUACAGCGUUUUUCAUCGCAUUCUUGAUCAUAGGAACUGAAACUCCUUAUUACUUGAUAGGAGCCAAUAAAAUUGAGCAAGCCCACACAGCACUGAUGAAACUAAGAUCUCUUGAAAAUGACCUGGUGCAAAAAGAAUUGGAAUCUAUGAAGUUGCACCUAAAAGAUGACGAACAUGGUCAUUUCAGUGAUAUACUAAAGAAAGCAGAAUUGAGAAAGGCUCUGCUAAUAUGCCUUGUUCUAAUAAUAGCUCAAGCUUUGUCUGGUUUUUGUGCAAUUACCUUUUACUUGCAACCUAUAUUUGAAGCAGCUGGCACGUCAAUAUCUGCUGAAAUUUCUGCGCUUAUCGUAGGUUGUGCGAUGUUACUAUCCAGCUUUGUAGCUCCAGUUUUAGUGGAUAGAUUGGGGAGGAAAAUUUUAACUAUAUCUUCUUGCUUUGGAACAUUUGUAUCAUUAAUCAUAUUGGGAAGCUUUUUCUUUGUACAGGACUUCACUUUUCAGGAUAUCGAUCAUAUAUCUUGGAUGCCAAUCUUCAGUCUGAUUUUAUAUAUUCUCACUUUCAAUUUCGGUUUAGGUUCCAUCCCUUGGAUCCUCAGUUCUGAAUUAUUUCCUAAUUCUGUUAAACAAAUUGCUGCCUCAACUGUGUCGAGCACUUUUUGGAUAACCUCAUUUCUAUUAACAAGAUUUUUCAAUGACAUGAACGACUUCAUGGGUAGAGCCGGUAGCUUUUGGUUUUUCGCUGUUAUCUGCUUAUUAGCUGCCAUAUUUAGCAUAUUUUUUAUGCCAGAAACAAAGGGAAAAAGUUUUGGCGAGAUUCAAGAAAUGCUGAAAAGGGGCACCAAAAAUCUGGAUAAAACUGGUUUUGAGAACGAGGAGAAGACUAGACCUAUUUAAUUUUGAAAUGCGGAUAAAGAGAAUAAGCUUACGUCGAAGUUCUCAUAACAAAAGAAUCUGCAGAUUAGGAAUGUACUGAAUUUGUCAUGCAUACAGAAAGGAAUAUUAUCUAGUAUCAAUUCAAUUCUGUAUUGUAAACGGCUAUUUAUAUGAAAUAUUCCAAAAAUUUAUACAUAAUACUAAUAUUUCUGUCUCAACUUUCAACUUUGACGAAGAUUGAUGAAGUUAUGUCGCAGAUAAAUUUUUUACAAGAAAAUCAAAAAUAUGUGUGAAUAAUUUAUAAUCUGUAUACUUAAUAAAUUGUGGACAAACAAUAAAAUUUACUGGUGAAAUUUA